AUGGGUAUCAUGACCCGCAUCCAGGCCGCCAGCGCCAUCGCCUACCACAGGGAUAUUCUCAUGCAGGCUGUACUCGAUGCCAUGAACGGCCCUCUCCCCGCGGUCACCCCCUCACCUGACCAGCGCAAUGCCUCCACCGCUUCCGACUCCAUCUCAUCCUCACAACGUACACCCGAAGAGGUCGCUCGAGCCCUGGAAAUGCGUAGAAACCUCUGGAGCCUCUCAAAGGAGUACUCUACGCAUAUCGUGGAGGAGGUGUUCACGCCACAAAUAUGCGACCUCCUGUCCUCAUGUGGGGGUAUCGUUGACCGUAGGAAUGAACCGAUUUUCGUUAUCGGGGCGCUCAACUAUGUACGGGAAAUGUGGCCCUCAAAUUCCCCUCAUAUUUUAAUGCUGGGUUCUGCUGUCCUCUGUGUGAGGAGGCUUCUUCAGAGCCGGUGGGAUAAAGAAACACUGGUUCAGUGCGCACUAUGUCCUGAGAGGGAGCCAGAAGCAAUAGAACGCGUGCUUAAGCAUGUUGGGAGGGAGCACGGACCAGAUGGUCAAGAGAGGUGGGAAUGGUACAUGCAGAAGUGGCCACUCCGACUACCAAUUAAGGAGGUGAGGAGCGUCUGGGUGGAGAGGUCAUAG